AUGCCUCACUCCAGAAGGUACCACUCGUCGGAGCGCAGCAGCCGAGGCAGCUAUCACGAGCGCUAUAGAAGUCGCAAGCACAAGAGGCGGCGGACGCGGUCCCGGUCAAGCAGCAGUGAGCGUGACCGGCGGCACCGGCGGGAAGACAGUUACCACGUUCGCUCCAGGAGCAGCUAUGACGACCACUCUUCGGACAGGAGAGCCUAUGACAGGCGCUACUGUGACAGCUACAGGCGGAAUGACUACAGCCGUGAACGAGGGGAAGCCUACUACGAAACUGAGUACCGCCACUCUUAUGAGUACCGGCGUUCCCGGGACCAUGACGGCAGCUACCGGAGCUGCAAAAGCAGCCGGCGUAAUAAACACAGGCGGAGACGGCGCCGCAGCCGGUCCUUUAGCCGCUCCUCAUCGCAGCGGAGUCGACAGAGCAGCAGAAGGGCCAAGAGUGUGGAGGACGACGACGAGGGGCAUCUGAUCUAUCGCGUCGGCGACUGGCUACAAGAAAGAUAUGAGAUUAUUAGCACCUUAGGGGAAGGCACGUUUGGCAGAGUGGUGCAGUGUGUGGAUCACCGGAGAGGGGGCGCACGCGUCGCCCUAAAAAUCAUAAAAAACGUGGAGAAAUAUAAAGAGGCUGCUCGGCUGGAGAUUAACGUGCUGGAGAAAAUCAAUGAGAAGGAUCCAGAGAAUAAGAACCUGUGUGUGCAGAUGUUUGACUGGUUCGAUUACCAUGGCCACAUGUGCAUCUCCUUUGAGCUGCUGGGGCUCAGCACCUUUGACUUUCUGAAGGACAACAACUACUUGCCCUACCCCAUCCACCAAGUGCGGCAUAUGGCCUACCAGGUGUGCCAGGCUGUGAAAUUUCUGCAUGACAAUAAACUCACUCACACGGACCUCAAACCCGAGAACAUUCUCUUUGUGAACUCAGAUUAUGAACUCACCUAUAAUCUGGAAAAGAAGCGAGAUGAGCGGAGCGUGAAGAGCACGGCCAUCAGAGUCGUUGAUUUUGGCAGUGCAACGUUUGAUCAUGAGCAUCACAGCACCAUUGUCUCCACCAGGCACUACCGAGCCCCAGAGGUCCUACUGGAACUCGGCUGGACCCAGCCCUGUGACGUGUGGAGCAUCGGCUGCAUUGUCUUCGAGUAUUAUGUGGGCUUCACCCUGUUCCAGACUCAUGACAACCGGGAGCAUCUGGCCAUGAUGGAGAGGAUCCUGGGUCCGAUUCCUUCCCGGAUGAUCCGAAAGACCAGGAAGCAGAAAUAUUUCUACCAUGGUCGCCUGGAUUGGGACGAGAACACCUCUGCAGGCCGCUAUGUCCGGGAGAACUGCAAACCACUGCGGAGAUACCUGACCUCUGAGUCUGAGGACCACCACCAUCUCUUCGACCUCAUCGAGAGCAUGCUGGAGUAUGAGCCGUCAAAGCGCAUCACUCUGGCCGAGGCACUCAAACACCCAUUCUUCGACAUGCUGAAAACAGAGCCAAGCACAAAAGUGUGGGACUCUAGCCGAGACAUCAGCCGGUGACGCUGCUGGUGCCCAGUCUGUCCUCAGAUUCUAGCCCCCGUGGAGGCCUAUGUGAUUUCUAUUUGGACACUUGGUGCUUUUUUUAUACAAAAAAAAAACCCCAAACAAAACCCCCUGAAUCUUUUUGUUACUAUGUAAAACUGUUAAUAUGUGAGAUAUUGUAAAUACCCGAAUCUAUAUCUGCCUUUGAGCUCCAUGGACCCAAGCCCCUGCUGCUGCCAUUACUCCUAGGGGAGGGGGCCCUCUUACGUCCAUGCUGUGAAUACCUCUGUUCAUGUGUUGCUUUGACUCCUGUUCUCUCCUCCUGCCCUCCCCAGGGCUCCCGGCUGUCUGUAGCUCAUCCAUAUCUUUGUAAGUUAUGAAGCUGGUGGGGUUGCAUGGGAUUAUUUUUUGGAUCAAUGUCAUAGCCCAUCCCCGCACCAGAGUUUUAUAUGAAUUUUGUACAGUCUUUGUGAAAAUAAAUAUG